AUGGGUUUCAAUGCGCCAGCCUCGGGCGGCGAACCUCAUAUGUUGACAGGCAAGCACUCGUGGCCUACUAGUCCAUGGAAAGAAGAGCCGAAUCGCUGCAAGUAUGGGGUAUCCUUGACCCUAAAGUCAGGUGUACUGAAAGAGGAGGAUCACGAGCAUGAGCUUGCUAAAAAGAAGUGUCACGACCAGGCCAAAGCCCUAGGCAAUCUGUCCAGCUUCAUUGAAUCGUGCGUGCCGGCGACCUACCAACACCUACUUGUGAACCAAUCGGCUCGUGAGAUGCUGCAAAGGUUUCAAGCUCGCUUCUCGCCAGAAGAGGACCCGACAUAUGCCGCAGAACUGCGUAACAUAUGGGCUAAUCAGUUCCGAGUACUGCAACCAGGUGCUAAUAUCGAGAAAUGGUACGAAGACCGAGACCCUCUAGGUGUUGCUAGAAAGCGCUGGAGAGUCAUGGCUGACACAGUCGGCUACCUGGGACUUACUCGAUGCUGUCAAGGAAGUUCCGGAAAUGCAUAUCUUCCAUGCCAUGAUGUUUAA